GCACAACAGGAAAAGCAAGAAAAGAUGAAGAAGCUGCAGAAGGAUCUGGCAGUAGCUACUUGGCACUGGCAGAACUCACUUGCAAAAUGCCGGAAGGACAUAUUUGUGCAAAUUUCUUUUUGCUGUGCAACCUUCCUAGGCAAAAAUACUCAGGGAGACAAAAGAAGUAGUUUGGCUUACAGCAAAUGGUAGGGACAGACAGUGGACAAACAGCUCCUCAGAGAGCAUAGCCCUCCUUUAGCGAUGGCAGCAGGUAUCGAAGCUUGACUGUAAUAAAAGCUAAGCUUGCUUUUCCACUAAUAAUCAUGACAGUGCUCCAAACCCACCACUGAAAUUAAAUCAGUAAGAUUCAAAUCCAAUCCAAACUCACAUAAUUUCUGACUCACAUAGAAGUAACUAUAACUAUUUUCAACAAAGACAGGCAAACAAGUAUUUAUGAAUUUGUACAUAAUAGGCACAUAUCGGACAAGCGACAUUUAAAUAUUUGAGUUCUAUAAAAACAAGAGCUAAAAAGUUUGCUUGUAAAGCACACAGACUCUGAGAUAUGGCUCUCUGUAAUUUCCCCGCUCUCGACACUUCCCGCAGCAAGCGUUGGUACACUUCCUCUUCAGCUGCAGAAAGCUACUGCAACAUGAAACGAGCCAUUUUAAGCUGCUUGACUCUCAGCACAUGGUCUGUCUUCCUAAGCCUUCAAACAAAAAAAUAAGAUGAUGCUUGCUUGACAGAAGAUAAAUGCGCAGAGACAUCCAGAGACCUGGACUCUGACAGCACAGGGAAGAGCUGAAACCUGUUUCAUGCCAACAACCUAACAUGAACACAAUCUCCUUCAUUACAGAAAACGUUUCAUACGCAGGAACCUACUUCUAAAACCAGGUUAACAUUAGUGAUCCACCACAGAAUCAGUGUUGGGAAACUUCUUAAACUAUCACGCUCUACUCUUAAGAGCUGAAGAGAAACGAGAACAGGAGAUAAAGUUUAAGAGAACUGUAAAGAGCGUUUUACUUGGGUCUUAGCUUAUAUCCAUCAAAACAAGACAAUUUGCUUUCUCGUGACAAUCCUAUUUGUCCAUAACACUGAGAGGAACUAUUUAAAGAGGCUGCAGUGAAAUGGCCAGCAACCACGUAAUUCUAGUUCUUUUCUGUGGAGAAAUCUGGGAAGCACUUUCUACAGCAAUACCUCAAACCACUCCUGUGAAUAGAAGAAAUGCAUACACUAGCGUCAAGAGUCCAACGGAAGGCAAAGCUCCUCUGUAUCGAGUGCAAACACCUGGACUUGAUUUACACAUAUCUGGAAGGGCAGUGACUGUUACAUCAUUUCCACAGUUCCCCACAACAUCUGCAGAACCCAGCGACAGCAGCUGGGCAGCAGCACUGCUCAUCGGCAUCAUUUUGGUCAGUAUGACACUGGCUAUUAUAGUAAUCCUUUUGUGGAAAUGCUGCAGGAGGCCAGUUGUGGUAGAUUCAAACUGGGCAGGUCGCUCUCCAUUUGCAGAUGGAGACACACCAGAUGUCUUCAUGGAUUCUGACCAGGCUACCAAACGUUCAUCAGUUCUAUUUAUGUUGCCUUGGAAAUGGAAACAAGACUCACACCCCCAGCACAAUGUCACUGCACCAGAGAGCACUACCGGUAGCCCAACCAGCCCACUGCCUCCGCCAGCAGCAGACUGCUCUGCAGCCAAUAUUCCAGUUUGCACCACGGAUGCUGCUCCAGCUCCCACCCGGGAAGCUGCAAGUUGUGUGCAGGACUCCUCUCCUCGCCUAGUGGCCUCACUGGAAUCCCCAGACCUGCCACCUCCGCCUGACUGGCUCAGGGAAUCACCGGAGGAUCCCAGUCCAGCACUCAGCCAGACCCAGGAACUUCACUCAGAAGCAGGGGAACAAUUGCCCUCACCACCUGAGUUUCUGAUGCAGGAGACUGACAAGCCACUGCCCCAGCUGCCGCAGCCGGAACACCCGUGGUAGGCUGCCAAAAGUCAUCUCCAGCAUAUUUCACAUUUUCGUUAAAUGAAGUGCUCUUCAAAUAACUAUAAGAAGGAGAAGUUGACACAGGCAAGAACAGUCAAACCACAGCACAGGCAUCUCCCCAGAGUUUAACUUCAGCUUUCACAAAAGGGAACAACCUGCUUCUGCCUGAAGCGAAUCAUUUCAAGAUACCAUAUGGGUUGUGCCCACCUGUAACUGGUGAUUCCAGGUUUCGGAGACUACAGAAAACAGAGUAUGUGUACCUCGUGUGUCAGGAUAUCCGUGUAGGUAACAUGCACAAAGACAUGGAGCUUUCAAGACACAGUAUGACUUUAGCAGUACUUAGAGCUUCUCAAUGUCGUUUGCUUUACUAGGUUGUGUAAGUGAACACAACGAAUUCAAGUUUAUUUUAAUAAAGCUUUCUAUUUCAAAGAUGUUUUGGUCACUUAAAGCACAAAUGAGUAUUUGCUUAGACACAAAACUCUGAAUUCCACACACAGUCUCAACAUCGCAACAAGCGUAGAUCUUGUCUUUCAUACAAAAGCCUUUUUUCUACCUAUGACUGGGCGACAACUUGGUAGCAGUGGAUGACAGGCACUCAAAACAACUCCUUCCCCCUCCUCAGGUGUCCUGCAUGGCAGACAACAAGAUUUCCUGUAGAUCAGAUACUGCUAACAAGUCCACUGGUGUCAAACCGCCAGUCUUUUCACACUGCUGUAUGGUAAAGCAGAGAACAGUGCGAGCAAACAGUUAAUGCAGCAGUCACUGGAAAGCUGAAAUGGCUCCAAAUACUUGAGGAACAAGUACAAAAAGGCUUUCUUUUACCUAGUUACUUUUGGGGUUUAUGGAUAAAGUAGAAACAGCUCACAGAACACAGGCAAACAAUCAGUAAAAUUUGCUGUGUGCAUUCAUUGACUUCUUCCUCUGGAAGCAGCAUUUUCAGAAUGCACUCAAUAUUAUUAAUAUGAGCUUUAAAAAUUAAUUUCAUGUUGCGUGGAUGCCAGAUUCCUUCCAACCAAGCUGUCUCAGUGUUUCGCACG